AUGUCCAGCAAGGGAAAGGAGAUAGCAGAAGGGUCAUCAAGACCCUCUGGAGGUGGUGAUGAUCACAAUCAGCAGCAGCAACAACAGUUACCACUGAGUCGCUAUGAGUCUCAGAAGAGGAGGGAUUGGAACACUUUUGGACAGUACUUGAGGAAUCAGAGGCCUCCUGUGCCACUUUCUCAGUGUAGUUCUAGCCAUGUGCUCGAGUUCCUUCGUUAUUUGGAUCAGUUUGGGAAAACCAAAGUGCACUUACAAGGGUGUUUGUUUUUUGGGCAAAGUGAGCCACCUGGACCCUGCACUUGCCCUCUUAGACAAGCUUGGGGAAGCCUUGAUGCACUCAUUGGAAGGUUGAGAGCUGCAUAUGAAGAAAAUGGAGGCCUUCCUGAGACCAAUCCCUUUGCAAGUGGUGCCAUCAGAGUCUAUCUUAGAGAGGUGAGGGAUUCCCAAGCUAAGGCUAGAGGAAUCCCUUAUAAGAAGAAAAAGAAGAAGAGGAAUAUUAUCAAGCCCAACGGAGACACCUCCUCAAACUUGCCUAUGCAGUAA